AUGGACAGCUCCUCAGACGACGACGACGCCUCGGCCUGCAAACUCCCCGAAAAAGAAAAAGCGACACUGGCACGCUGGGCGCCCGCGGCCCAGCGGCGCAUGCUCGAGCGCCUGGCCGACCGCCCGCCCGUUAGACUUGGCCGCGCAAAACCGCCGCAGAAGCACGACGUGCCGAAUUUGUUUGGCUCGAAGAAGCAAGAGACGGAAAUUUUUGAAAGAUUAAAGGCCGCGGCGGUGCAAGGCGCGUCGACGUCCCUCAUACUCUGCGGCCACGCGGGCUGUGGCAAGAGAGCUCAUCUCGCCCGAGCGAUCGACCGGUUGGAUGGAGAAAAGGGAGUACCUCGCUUCGACGUCGCGGAACUGCACGGUCUCGUGCACGCGGACGCGGCGACGGGUUUGAGAGACCUCGCGCGGCAACUCGACGCCGGUCGUCGGAGGAACGCCACGUCGCGGUACGUCGACGACCUGGGUAUCUUAGUUGAGGAAUUGAGAAGACGGCGAGCCGAGCGAAGGGCACCGUUGCUAGUCAUUCUCCACGAGCUCGACGCCUUCGCCCUGCAACCAAGACAAACACUACUCUACGUCCUGUUGGAUGCCAUGCAGAGUAGACUAGGCUGCGUCAUCGUCUGCGGCAUCACGCGGGACCACGCCGUGCUCGAGCUCUUCGAAAAACGGGUCAAGAGUAGAUUGCAGAACCAUCACGUGGCGUUCAACCGCCCUACAAAAGUUGACAUAAUACAAUUCUUCCAGGAUCGGUUUCGCUUGUGUGGCGAGGAUUUGGGUGGCGCUUCCGAGCGACUCAUGCAGGAGACGUCUUCCAGGAAACGUCCUCGCGACGAAGAGGACACGCGUGAAAUAUAUAUCAAAGCACAUUCAAAGGCUUUCGAAGCGUGCAUCACGGAUCCGAGGGUGGCGAAGAUGCUCGACGACUCCGUGAGUUGUGGCCGAUCGAUGCGGUGGUUUUGUCGCGUCGCGCAGCGGUGCGCGUGCGAGAUUAAUGAAGACGAUCCCCUACUCAGGCCGGCGCAUCUGCUCGAAGCGUUUAGAGCUCAGGAGCCGAAUUCGUGUCGGGCCUGGCGCGAGGCGUUGCGGUCGCUGCCGCCGGCGGAGAAGGCUUUGGUGAUAGCGUACCUCAAGUUAGAAAGAAUAGGCAAACAAUAUUGUCUGGAGAACGCCGCGCACGCCCUCGCGCGCCUGGGCCAGGCGUCCUCCCAAGAGGCCUUCGACGAGGAUCGGCUGUUGGAGGCGCAGACGUUACUAUUAGACAAGUCCAUGGUCCUGCUGAGCGCGGAGGCGCGGAACCGGCGCGACGCGCACGUCUUGCGGUUCGCGCCGUGCCGCCUGGCGCCGGCGUUGGAUGUGGACGACCUGUGGCUGGCGUUAAGAGGCGACGACCUCGGCUGUACCACUACCCUUAGACAGUGGGCGCUGAACCACGUUUGAGUAGUCUGCCUAACAACUUGUGACGUAUAAGAUCGCGGCGAUAGCGUAAGACACAGAAUAGUUACUCUCGCGACGACCGACACAGACGCC